UUUAUUGAAAACGCCUUCUCAGUCACAUUUUUUAACCUGCAAAACAAAAAAAUAAUCAUUAAUCUGUUUUUCUCAAACAUAUAUCACGAGCUCAAAAGUCUUCAUUAUAUGUACUUUCACGAAUCUAAGCAAACAGUCAAAAAAAUUUAGCCUUCAGUUUGGCAAUUCAUUUGCUGUAAUUUUCUUUAUAAACACAUAUUUUUCUGAAAUUAAUUUAAAAAUUCUUCAAAAUGAGUUUCGAUAAUUCGUGGCACCACAACGAACAGUUUUGCUGGCCGAAACAAUUCCCAGUUUCCAUAAAGGGAAAUAGGCAAUCUCCAAUCGACAUUCGGGAAAAAGAAGCCGAGAAGGUUUUGCUGCCCCACUUCCGACUAAGCUGCGUUGCGGGGGACCCGAAAGCGGAUUGGACCAUGACUAAUAAUGGGCAUACUUUGAGUAUUGCUCCCCCUAGCGGUGUGAAAUGGCAACUGUCGGGUAGUCUUCUAAAAGGGAAGUACAUUCUGGACCACUUCCACACACACUGGGGGGAGAGUGGGGACUACGGGUGUGAACACUUGAUAGAGGGACAGAAGUUCGCGGGAGAGACUCACUUCGUGUUCAAGUGGGCACCAGGCCAAGGUCAUGAUUGCGAGGACCAAGCGGCAGUGUGGGGUAUUAUGCUGGAAGAGACAGAACGUUCCGAGCCCCUAGCUCAGAGGUCAUUUGAUGACAUCAUCGGAAAACACAUUCAUAAGGUCACCAAACCGGGAUCUGUGUCGAUUCCCGCAAUCAACUUCGCCUCCCUGGUCCCUCAUGGAUCCUCGGAGUACUUCGCCUACCAGGGAUCCCUCACCACUCCCCCCUUCGCAGAAGUAGUCUUGCACAUAGUGUUCAGAGACGCCAUAGAAGUGUCGAAAAGCUAUAUGGAUAAAUUGAGAAAGUUGGGAGAUUUGAGAGGCGGGAAGAUAGAUGCCAACUACAGGGCUGUUCAGCCUCUGAAGGGCAGGAAGAUCUACUGGUCCUGCUAGAUGGUGCGUGAACAAAAAUGUGAACAAGUUGAUGCGUGAACAAACUGAAAAUUCUACAAAAUUGAUAAAAAACUUAUAUCAUGUACCAAUUGAUGAUUUGAACAGACACUAUUUUGUCCUAUAAAAAAAUUCAAAUUAAUAUUCCCGCAUCCAGUUUCAAGCGUUAAUAAUUGAUU